AAUUGUCAAAUAAAAAAUCAAGUAAAAUGAAACGUAAAAUCUUGUAAAAAUUCUUGCUUACUCAAUGACUUGUGUAAAUUCAAUUUAUUCAUGUUCAUCAUAUUUAUUAGUUCAGUGAUAUUUAAAAUAAGUUGUGCCGGUGCGAGUUGCGAAAUACAUGUAUCGUGGCCGUAGGUGUCGAGAACACCUGUUUUUCACAAGAAAAUAAUAAUACGGGAAAAUGUUGCAAGACGACGACUUUGAGGAGUUAAUGUUGACGGAUGAAAGGGUGAAAACUCUGGGAUUUCGCCCUCAAAAGGAGAUUUUAACCAACCAUCUGCUGCCGUAUUCCGAGGAGCUCGAUGAAGAAUCUAACAAGUUUUUUGAGCAGGUCAAAACGAACUUUGCAAAGUCUGUUAUACUGCGGGAGAUGAAACCAGCUUGUGUCGUAUGGUCUUCCAGAUUAAUAAAGUACAUUAGAAUAUAUGGCCUGAAGUUUGGAAAAGAAGACCACAUAGCAUUCAUCAAACUAGCAUAUGAAUUAAUACUGAUUCCAGAGUUGGAACCAUGUAAAGUGCAGAAAUUUGCUACACUUUUUGUCAUGCUUACAAAAAAAAAACACUUGAUUUCACCAGAAGAGUUGGUGUUGCCAUGGCGUCCACUUUAUGAUUUGGGACAAAAGUUAUUUCAAAGAAACUCAACAUACAUUGGAAUGUUCCAUUAUAUCUCGCCCAAACGAUCUGGCAACCAAGAGACUUCUAUGCUCGAUAUGGUACGAAAGAUCAUAUCGGGAAACGGUUUAGACGACAUCCUUGGUUUGUUCGGGCUUGCCCCACCGGCCGACGAAUGCCCCACAUCUCUAGGUUCAACUUACAUGUCUGUGGUGCGCUGUGCUAAACCUUAUUUUGAAGUAUCGGCAACUAAAGAAAUACUAGAGAAAAUAUUGCCUGGUGUGAUCCCGUGGAGAUCCGAUUCCGAAACUAAUGAGUCAUACACAUUCUUACCUGUGGGCCUUCCUCCAGAGAAUGCAGCUCAAGGACACGAACUAUGGUUCAAUGAGCUCAUGACAAUAUACGACACAUGCCAUAACACACAAAGUGGGGAUCCCUGCAUAUUCACCCUAUUCGCAAACUUGGCGAAAAAUAAUCCUGGAGCAGUAGAUUGGACACCUUACGUGCCCAAUUUUUUUACGAGGUUCCUCCACACUCUAAACUUACCCGUCUCCUAUAAGGACAUGCAGCACUGUCGACACGCGUCUUUGGACAUGAAGCAUGUCGCAAAAUGGAUAGUAUGGACGAUUAAUCCCGAUGGAGUGGUUCUAAAACACUUGAAAUCGUUCUUAGCGGGGGUCGAAAGUUAUCUUCACAGCGCCAACGCCGGCCGAUGGUCUUUUAAACUGAGAGAUCUUCUUAAAAAACUUGCAGGAGAAUUCCUAUAUAGGGUCCGGUUCGAGCGCGAAAAGAAGUUCCUGAAAUCCUGGGGUAACAAAACUCCCGAGGCGUACAAAUUGCGCGACGAAGAUAUCACAGACUUCGUGACCAUCGUCCUGGAACCGACUUUCCAGGCCGUUUACAGUCGCAGCGGGUCACUCGACAUCUCCGUAGCUUUACAGAAUCUGGCGACUCUUAGACCGGCCAUAGUUAUACCGCCUCUCAUCGAGAAACUUACCACCUCGUUGACGUCGCUGACGGAGCCUCACAGAGUGACCGCAGCCAUGUCUGCGGUUGCUGCUGUCGCUAGGCCUAUGCUUCGCGGCGCAGACGCAGACUACCCCGAGGGGCCGACGCACGUCGUGCCUUUAUUGAUGGCCGUCCUGCCGGGCCUCGAUCCCAACGACAUUAAAAAGACUAUCGUCACCCUACACUUCAUCCUGAUGUUCAGCUGCAUGGUCACCUACAUCGACUGCAGUUCUGCCCACGAGCACUGGCCGGACUUGACCGAGGAGGAGAUAAUAACGUGUGAACUGACAGCUCAAUUCGAAGAUUUCAUUUUGGUGCUGUUGGACAAACUCUUCGCCUUCAUUGAGUCGAGUGUUCAGGAACACGUCAGGUUGGAUUCGAAAGAUUCCGAUAGUAUGAAGAGCAGGACGGAUAUGGCCAUGGAGACGGGUAUUUCCUGCGCGGUGUGUGCAGUUUUGACGCAGUGUUCGCCCAAAAUUUUCAAGGAAGCCCUGAGAAAGUUUAAAGCCUUCGCCACCGAGACGACGUACGAAACGAACGUGUCUGGCAGCAUGAUUGGCACGCUUUUGAAGGUGUUUGCGCGUAUAAAUCCCGAAGCGACGCUAGCCGCCUUCCUUCCGCCCCUCUGUCAAGACUUACGAGAGCUUCUGGCCAGCGACGAAGCCCUGCACGAUGAGAAUCCACCUCGCGAACUCCUCUACCGGCUCGUUCUUUUUUCGGAAGUAGUCUCGUGUGACGGCACAGUUUUGCUCAAAUACAUGGACCAAAUAUUGCCAGUUCUGGACAGGGCUUUAAAAUUACACGCCACUUACGCGUUGACCCCGGCCUGCGAGACGUUGGCCAACAUUUUGUCUUGCCUGUCGGCGAUCGAUCUGAAGGAAUGGAAAUGUUCGACAAAGGAUUACGGAGCCGUCCCGGAGAAAUGGUUGCCCAUCAGGGAGUGGGGCAACGGCUGCUCACUGAAUGAUGUCAAGUUUCAAUGGCACGUCCCGAGUGCGGAGGAGGCGGCGUGUGCCCAGAUGCUGAUAGAUAGAUAUGUUAAGUCGGAAGUGGUCAGGCUGCAGCAGUGGCUGGGUGACGAACGCCCCAUGUGCCGCGAGAGGAGGCUCAGAAGUUUGAACAUUAUUAGCUCGGCAUUUGCUUGUUCCAAGUUCUUACCGCCUCCCGAUGAAGAGCCGGUUUUAGUUUUGGAGUCCGAGGUGCCAGCCACAAAUAUACCAUUUGCGAAUGGAGUGAAGCACCAGGUGUUCUUAGACGGAAAGAAUAUGAGGGUGGCAAUGACUCACCUUCUCCUGAAGGUUCAGGCAAAGAUGCUGACUGAAAAGACGGAGGAUCCACGCGGCUUGGACAUUCUCUUGCAGGUAUGGGAACGCGUGCUUCUUAUGAAGAACCUCCGCGGUGGCUCUGCGUUAGAGACGAAAUUGCGUUCGUAUGGUGCGUUAGAACGCGCGUUCGACGGCAAAGGUGGAGUGGGCGGUAAAUCUAACGACAAAGGGGCAGCGAGACUUCGAAUGGUGUUAGCCGACGCGGUGAGACUGCAGGAGGAGUCAAGGCUCGACUUGAGCUGCGACGCCGGCAUCACUCAUUCAGUUCUCCAAGGACUCAACGCUCUAUACGACCUGUCCGUCAAUAGUUAUACUACGAUUCGUCGCCAAGCCCAGGUGUGUCUAUACAAAAUGCUGACAAACUAUCCCUACUCCUACCGCGCCUUAAUACCCAAGCUCGUGGAAUUGCUAGGCUCCAUUGGUAAUGAUGACGAAGGCCACGCCCGUCACAAGGGGGCGCUUUAUAUCCUUUUGGGGCCAAAAAUGGCACCUCUUUUGGCCAAACAGGAAUGGGCUGUUAUACGAGCUCUGUGGCCCGCUAUUUUGAAAGCGCCCCUAAGUGAGAAACUUAGUAUUCAUAGAUUAGAACGUACAUUUAUAGAGGUAUUAUUCCGUUCAUUCCCGACGUUAAAUACACGAUUAACGAUAACGGAUGGGUCAGUUGAGGCCGCUAAGCGACUCUUAACAGAGGAUCAACUAAACGACCCAACAUUCGUGGAAGUUGUUGCAAAAGCUGAAGACGUAGAAAGAGCUACCUCAGAUAACGUUGAGAAAAUUUAUUUGGAACUUAUAAAUGAACUGGUUGAUAUAGCGGAGGCUAGUGUCCAAUGGUGGCGCCUGGAGCUCGCGAUGCAAAUGCUAAUAGUCUGCACAUCGCUUCAAACCCAAUACCCGCCGAGGGCAGUUCGCCUUUUCACCAAGUGUUUGCUGCACGAAAAUUUCGUCGUGCGAAAACUGGCGCAGAGACUAGUCUACUUCGCUCUCAAACAGCGGAAGAGGAAACUGAAUAAGAUCAAAGUUGACCCUUACGAGGUGGCCGGCGUUCAGAAACCAGAAACACACAUACCAGGAUAUAGAAAAGACUUAGAAUGGGCGGUCUGGUCGAAGGACAAGUUAAUAACGACAGAUGAAGAAUGGGACAAGCCCUGGUUGAGGAACCUUUAUUACGGAUUUUAUUCGUGGCCUAAGAAAAUUGAGGUGGCAGCUCCGAUUAGCCAACAGAACUAUGCCUGGGACACAAAACCGGAAGAUAUGGAAGAAGGCGAACGCUACUUUUACGAGUUCUUCACCGACGAAGAGAAUGUAACGAAAUUGGUUAAAUUCUUAACGACUGAAGAGAAAAAGGGCAAAGACAAAUUCCUCGGGAUGCGUUCCGCCAUGUUUCGGUUCCUGUUCGCGCAUUUCGGGCAUCGUGUAGCGAAGCGCUUCAUUGACGAGGCCAUAGAGUGCGCGAGUAAGUCCGAAGAGUCCAAACAGCGCUUCGCGGCUGAAGUGGCCUGUGCAGCGCUGCGGGCUCCGAGGUAUUGGAGGCGGGAGGACGCCAUGGCCUUGCAAAGGGACGCCAUGAAGAUUGUCACCAAUGGCCUAACGGCAGUUAUCCCGGAGACCCAAGAGGACUGGGGCACGGCCAUGGCCACCGCCGUGCACAACAUGGACCCCGUGAGAAACGGCGAGGUCCUGGAGCGACUGCUGCAGCUGUGCUCACCGCCGCCUUCGGCCGUGGCGGCGCCUGACCAGGAGACCUCCUUCGUGGCGAGCGCUAGGCUUUAUGUUUUUCAAGGCGUGUUGGCAAUGCUGUCGUGGCGCGCUGCUCCGCUGGCCGCUGAACUUCUGAAACGACUGGAAGCUGCAAACUUCAUAGAACACCCAUAUGAAAAUGUACGAGCCAAUGUCGGAAGUUUGUUGAUGAUUAUAUUCAACUUGGAAGUAAUGUUUCCGGGUGGAGAGAUUUGUUUAGCGCCGAGACUUGAGCGGUUUUUGGACUCGGUACUGCCUCGAUUGGCUGCUUUGUACGACGAGAAGGGAGACAUUAUAAUUAAAUCAGUAGAUUCAAUAUCGACACCGUGCAGCAGCUCGCAGGUGGCUCCGAAGACAGGUUUCGGCAUGAUGCAGCAGUUCAGACCUUUGGUGCACGCUCACAGGGACCAUACACACGUACAUACGGACCCGCAGACAGUUCCACCAAGUGGCUCGGAAACUGAACUGCAGCUGAGGGACAUGGAGGAGGACUGUCCUCUCGAGACAGAGUUGACGGAGCGACUUCAGGCUUCCUUGCACUUUGCAGGAGACGCCGUGGCGCCUGCGCACGCGCCCCACGAGAGAGCUGUCAACCUUUUGACCACGGUGCUGCGCGGCUGCAUGGGCGUCGUGCUUCGCGGUGAAAACACAAACUUGGAGGCCCACUUCAAACUGGUGCCACUAGCUUGCGCUUUGGCCUCCAGAGGCUCCACCCGGCCUCACGAGGAGCUCCCUCGGGCGGCCGGGGGCUUCCUGGCGGCCCUCGCUCAGGUUCACUACCGAGGGGAGACCUUCGACCGCGUCUUGGACGUUUUGGAGGAGCUGGCGAACGGCCGGUCCUGGUGGGCCCGUCUGGCCUGUCUGGACUUCGCCAUCCCGCUGCUGUUCUACGGUCUUCCGAUGCUGUGCGACCGGCCCGAGAGGGCCGUGCGAGCCGAGGCCUUCGCUCUGAAGCUCAUGAGGGACAGUAGGGUCGAGGUCCGACAAUCGGCUGCCAAAGUUUUGACGGGCUUAAUGCACUGCCGAGCUUUGCCCGACGAAGACGGAACUCUCCAGUCCUUAAUCCAGAGCGCCCGAUCCAAAGAGACGGGCGAGAGGCACUGCGGAGUCCUGGGCCUCUGCGCCUAUAUGUCCUCCCGCCCUUACGGUCUCGGGCCAAGGUUAGGGGACGUUCUGACGGAGUUGGCGAGGCACACCAACGCCCCCGACCCCAUACCGGCCACGAUACGAACCGCCCUGGCGGACUUCAAGAGGACUCACCAAGACGACUGGCCGAAGCACAGGGAACGGCUCACCGAAGAUGAACUGGAUCUGUUGGCCGAUCUGACUUCUCCUCCAAGCUAUUGCGCUUAGGCCGAUGGCUAAGUGGGGAAUUGCUAACUUUGCUCAGAAUUAUCGACCGUUUUAAACGUACAUAUUAAAAUUACCUUUAGAUGCGGUGUCGGUGAUAAAUGUCUUUUUUACCAGGUGAUGGAGAUGCUGAUUAAUUUAAUAUUAUCACAUAUGAUGGAAUAGGUGUGGUUUUAGACAUGGCGUGUGAAAUACCCAGUUAUUAAUUAUGCAUUUGAAGAUGGACAUUUAGUUAAUAUUACUAAAGGAACUUGAGGAUGAAUAUUGUGAUUACCCCUUUGAAAAUUGGUUAUAUUUUAACUAAAGCAGACAUUGUAAAUUACAUUUAGUUUAUACUUUUAUGGCAAUUUUACAUUAUGAUACUAAAUAAAUAACAUUAUUUUUUUAUGUAUAUUUUCUUUUUUUGUAAAAAUGUUAGUUUAUGUGUAAAAACCAAGUAUAUUUAUUAUCAUUGUUUGUAAACGUUUUGCAUAGGAUUUGCCCUAUGAGGGCUUAUUAUACGUGAACUGCAUUA